UUCUGGACUUUCAUUCUGACGGCUGAUCUCUGUCCCGCCGCAGGUCUGGAUUACUUUACGACUCUCGCUAUCGGAACUAAAAACACUUUUCUCUGGGUUUUUAGGUCGCUGCCGCUCAUACAGACUGCUGAGAGUCCACAGGAGCGCAGCCCGGGAGUUUUAAGUCGUAUUGGGAGCUGGUUCUCUUGGGGAUGGGGCAGUCCUGCAUUAGAUGGAGAUGCGCCCAACUACGAGACUCAGCCGAGUGAUCAAGAGGAGGCAUCUGAUGAGGACAACACAGAAACCAGUGAUAGAUCUGAGAUAGACAGUUCUGCAGUAGCUGAUAUUAGAGAUCACAGUGCUGUCCUAGCAGAGGGAAGCCCCUCCCCGACCCGGAAUGCCAAACAUCUGACAAUCGGCUCUGAAGGGGGGGACUGGGCAGGGGAGAGGCAGAAGAUUCAGGUGUACCUGGAGGAGACGAGUGAAGACGAUUCUGAGCCUUUCAUUCGCAACACCAUACAAAAGAGCAAACAAAGUCAAUCCCUUAAGAGUUAUAGAAGGAAAACAAGAGCACCUGCACAGUUGACCUCUGACUUCUCAGAUCAAGAAGAAUCAGACCAAAUGGGACGUAGAAGGUCUGGCAAACGGAGGAGGAGCUCUCAUGGAGAUGGGGGUGGACCUAAAACUAAGUCACCAACGAAGACUCAACCAAGUAGUCCUGCAACAACCAGGUUGGCAACAAGCCCUAAAACAGCAUGGGUUGACUCAUCUUUUGGGGAGGAGCCAAAAGCCGUUUCAGAAUGCUCCUCAGCACAACCGCCAAUCUCACCUGGAGCAAGUAGCUACGAGGACACUGUUCAAGCAGAAUGGGUAGAAGCACACCUGAGCGACGAUUCCGCUGACAUGACGAGUUCACCGGAUGGACCUGUCCAAGCCACGCUGGCCGACAUCAUCGAUUGUGAAAUGGAUGAGGAGCCAGUCAUGAGGCUAACAGAGACCCCUGAGUCCAAACGCAGAAGUCUCAAAGUGUCUCACAGUGAGAAGGUAUUUGCUAAGAAGGUCAUGGUCAUCUCAGAGGUCCACACAGAAGAUCAACAUGAGAAGUUUGAAGCGACUAGGGACACUACGGACCUCAAACUGAUGAGAACCGACAACGGGGCAAGAUGUCCAGAGGAAAGGGUGGAUGGCACCACUGUAAAGUCCGGUCAUCGUGUGGGCCGAAUCGCAGACAAGAUCAGUCUGUUUGAAAGCCGAGGAGUCAGGGCAGUUAAUAGAAGCAACGCAAACCUGCACCGUCUGGACAUUUCUCCAGCUAGGAAAGUGUCGAGGCGUCUCCGAGAGUUCACGGAACCUGCUGAAACGCGGUCCAGUUCUGCGCCUCCUAGCCGGACAGUUAAAGAACGGGCAUUGAAUUUCAACACACUCCAGAGGAGAGACGAAACAUUCGCAUUGCCAUUUGGGAGGUGGGGGGUUUCUGGUCAAACAUUGAAUGAUGGACAUUCAGAAACUGCUGGUCAAACAUCGCAAACCGUUGGAAAACCUACAGCAAACAUCAGGACCAGCUGGGAGAAACCAGAGGUUAAACUCAAAGCUCCUUCAAACACAGAUCAAACAGACUCCAAAUCCCAGAAUUCAACAUUGUCAGAGAGCACAAGUGACUCAAAAAAUGGAAAUAAAGAGGCAGAGACAACAAACUGUUCUUUGCAAACUGUUUCGUCACCUACUGAUGAGACCCAACAGGUCAAAUCUCCGAGCCGGACAAGCUCAAGAUCUAAAAAACGACGAAGCAAAAAUGUGGUUCAUCCUCUGAGCCCCACCAGCAAGAACAAAAAGGAAACAGUACAAGGUAAACAGGCACUGGAGGACGAAAAGGACACCUUAUUGAUUAAAAUGGACUCAAAUCCUCUUAAAGACCCCAAAAAUGUCUCAAAACCCACAGAUAAUUAUUUGAAAAGCAUUUCUGAGAAAGCAGCAACCAAAAACAGUGAGGAGAUUGUAAUAAAUAAACCCAAAGUGCCACAAAAGUUGGCAAACACACUGGAAACAAAGAAAACACAAGAUAGUGACUCACAGAGGUUACAGUCUCCACAGACGUUAACCUCUGCUUUUGGAACCCAACCGUUAUAUCCUCCAACAUCCAGAAAGAAAAACUCCCAAACUGAGACCAGCUCCAUUGUGGAACAAAUUGAACCAGCAGAUGUAAAAUCAGAAACUGAGGAGCAGCAGAACUUCAACAAAAAGCAGCUUGUUCCAGAGCACUCUGAAAGAGAGGAGCAGAAGAACAGAGGCACGAUUGUAAACACAUUGUUUGGAGAGUUGGGGGAACCAGAUCCAUCUGUGACAAAAGAAGAGAAACCGCCAUCCCCAGAGGACCUGAAAGAAGGCAGCUCAGAAGACCUUUCUGUGCCAGCCAAUAGCAUUCCUGCUGCCGCCUGGAAAGAUGCCCUGCAGAACAGAGAGAGUGAGACAGAUGAAAAGGUGUUACCUGAGAAAGAUACAGCUAUGCGUGUGCCUCAAGGGAAAAGUAUCUCUGAAAAGGUACAAACUCCAUCUAAAAGAGAUCAAAAAGACUGUUUGACUGCGAUAACUAAGAAAUCCAAGAAAAAUGACAGUGUGACUGAAACAACCAAUCAAAACUUGGAGAUCAAAUCAACGGUGACACCAAAACACAGUAAUGUAGUCAAUAUGACUAAGAUGCCCAAGCAAAAUAUAGAUGAAGAAAAUAAUUUGCUGCUUUCAACAAAGACAACGGUCAAAGACACUACUACUGAAUUGACCAAUCAGACUACAGAGAAAGAUGCUUCUAGUUGUAGAGCACUGACCACACCAAAUUCUGAAGAGCUUAAAAACCAGAAAGAUCAAAUCGACUCUAAAAUUUCACCUCAAAUUCCACCCACAGAGGAAAGAGCUCAGAAAAAGGGUGGGCCAUCCCCAUCGAGCCAAUCAGAGAGCAGAGAAGAACAAAAAGAACAGACAGCAGCCAAUGAAGAUACCUUUCCUGCAAUUCCAUCUAUUAAUGAGAAUCUGCUUUUCAGCUUAGCCAAUAAGAAGCCUACUUCGUUAUCCUCCACAGCCAAUGACACCUUCACUGAGCAGCCUGGCCAGGCCAAUGAAAAGGCCAUCUCUAAACCAGCAUCAACAGAUGAAACGGCCUCCAAUUUACCUGCAUCAGUUUUUGAAAAGACCGUACCCCUAACAUUCUCAUUAAAUGAAAAGACCACUUCUCCACCAGCCUCAUGUAAUGAAAAGACCACACCCCCACCAGCCUCAUUAAAAGAAAAGACCACGCCUCCUCCCACAUCAUCUAAUGAAAAGACCACAACACCUAUCGCCUCAUCUAAUGAAAAGACCACACCCCCACCAACCUCAUUAAACGUAAAGUCCACGCCUCCUCCCACCUCAUCUAAUGAAAAGACCACACCUCCUCCCACCUCAUCUAAUGAAAAGACCACGCCCCCAUUAGCCUCCUCUAAUGAAAAGACCACACCUUCUCCUGCCUCAUGUAAUGAAAAGACCACGCCCCCAUUAGCCUCCUCUAAUGAAAAGACCACACCUUCUCCUGCCUCAUGUAAUGAAAAGACCACGCCCCCAUUAGCCUCCUCUAAUGAAAAGACCACACCUUCUCCUGCCUCAUGUAAUGAAAAGACCACACCCCCACCAGCCUCAUUAAAUGAAAAGACCACGCCUCCUCCCACCUCAUCUAACGAAAAGACAACGACACCUCUCACCUCAUUAGAUGAAAAGACCAGGCCUCCUCCUGCCUCAUCUGAUGAAAAGACCACACCUCCACCAGCCUUUAAUAAUGAAACUUCCACGCCCCCAUCAGCCUCAUCUAACAAAAAGGCCACACCUCCUCCCGCCUCAUGUAAUAAAAAUACCACACCCCCACCAGACUCAUUAAAUGAAAAGACCACGCCUCCUCCCACCUCAUCUAACGAAAAGACAACGACACCUCUCACCUCAUUAGAUGAAAAGACCAGGCCUCCUCAUGCCUCAUCUGAUGAAAAGACCACACCUCCACCAGCCUUUAAUAAUGAAACUUCCACGCCCCCAUCAGCCUCAUCUAACAAAAAGGCCACACCUCCUCCCGCCUCAUGUAAUAAAAAUACCACACCCCCACCAGACUCAUUAAAUGAAAAGACCACGCCUCUUCACACCUCAUCUAAUGAAAAGACCACGCCCCCAUUAGCCUCCUCUAAUGAAAAGAGCACACCUCCUCCUGCCUCAUCUAAUGAAAAGACCACACCUCCUCCUGCCUCAUCUAAUGAAAAGUCUACACCCCCACCAACCUCAUCAAAUGAAAAGUCCACGCCUCCUCCCACAUCAUCUAAUGAAAAGACCAGGCCUCCUCCUGCCUCAUCUGAUGAAAAGACCACACCUCCACCAGCUUUUAAUAAUGAAAAGACCACGCCCCCAUCAGCCUUAUCUAACAAAAAGGCCACACCUCCUCCCGCCUCCUCUAAUGAAAAGACCAGGCCUCCUCCUGCCUCAUCUGAUGAAAAGACCACACCUCCACCAGCUUUUAAUAAUGAAAAGACCACGCCCCCAUCAGCCUUAUCUAACAAAAAGGCCACACCUCCUCCCGCCUCCUCUAAUGAAAAGACCAUACCUUCUCCUGCCUCAUGUAAUGAAAAGACCACACCUCCCCCUGCCUCAUGUAAUGAAAAGACCACACCCCCACCAGCCUCAUUAAAUGAAAAGACCACGCCUCCUCCCACCUCAUCUAACGAAAUGACAAUGACACCUCUCACCUCAUUAGAUGAAAAGACCAGGCCUCCUCCUGCCUCAUCUGAUGAAAAGACCACACCUCCUCCAGCCUUUAAUAAUGAAACUUCCACGCCCCCAUCAGCCUCAUCUAACAUAAAGGCCACACCUCCUCCCGCCUCAUGUAAUAAAAAUACCACACCCCCACCAGACUCAUUAAAUGAAAAGUCCUCGCCUCCUCCUGCCUCAUGUAAUGAAAAGACCACACCCACACCAGUUUCAGUAAAGGAAAAGACCACGCCUCUUCCCAAAACAUCUAAUGAAAAGACCACGACACCUCUUGCCUCAUCUAAUGAAAAGUCUACACCCCCACCAACCUCAUCAAAUGAAAAGUCCAUGCCUCCUCCCACCUCAUCUAAUGAAAAGACCACGCCCCCAUUAGCCUCAUCUAAUGAAAUGACAAUGACACCUCUCACCUCAUUAAAUGAAAAGAUCAGGCCUCCUCCCGCCUCAUCUGAUGAAAAGACCACACCUCCGACAGCCUUUAAUAAUGAAAAGACCACGCCCCCAUCAGCCUUAUCUAACAAAAAGGCCACACCUCCUCCCGCCUCAUCUAAUGAAAAGUCUACACCCCCACCAACCUCAUUAGAUGGAAAGUCCAUGCCUCCUCCCACCUCAUCUAAUGAAAUGGCCACGCCCCCAUUAGCCUCCUCUAAUGAAAAGACCACACCUCCUCCUGUCCCACGUAAUGAAAAGACCACACCCCCACCAGCCUCAUCAAAUGAAAAGUCCAUGCCUCCUCCCACCUCUUCUGAUGAAAAGACCACCCCCUCAUUAGCCUCCUCUAAUGAAAAGACCACACCUCCUCCUGUCCCAUGUAAUGAAAAGACCACACCCCCUCUCAUCUUAACUUAUGAAAAGACAACACCUCCACAAGCUUUAUCUAAUGAAAAGACGAUACCUUCUUCCACCUCACCUGAUGAAAAGACCACACCCUCAAUAGCCUCACUAAAUGAAAAGAUCACACCCUCACCAACUCUAAUGAAUGAAAAAAACACGCCUCAUCAAGUUUCAGUGAAUGAGGUCUCCCACACAUUAGCCUCAGCCAGUGAAAAAUCCCCAUUUCCCCUUAGUCCUAUUAAGCAUCAAUCUACAGAUCAAGCCACAAGAAAAAAGGAAUUUAUUCUAAAACCCUUCAUCCUUCCACAAAUCCCCUCUGCACCUGGCAGACCCUCUCUGAACAAAGACUCUCUAUCCAGCUGGCUGGAUGUUGACCAUCAGCGACCUAAAAGGAAGAAGCAGACAAUUUCAGAACCAAAACUUAAGCUCAGCUCUUCUGUCAGUGAGACCAACCUCCAUGAUAAUUCUGGAGAAUUCGACCCGGAUGACUUUAUUGCAAACGUGAAGAGGCUAGCGAUGCCAUUCAGUCUUCCCAAACGCAAACACAACCAACUUCGCCUGCAAGCCCCUCCGUUUGCUAUGCCUGCCAUUAGAGAAGACCGCUGCGAGAAACCUUUCGAUCCGGAGGAGUUCCAGUUUGGCUUGAGAAGGACAAGGAGGGAGUUCACCUUAGACAUGGCACCCGCUUCAAUAUCCAAGAGUCAAAACGUAGAGGCCAAGGAGGAUGACACCACGCCCAAGCAGAUAAACUCUGAGCGGAAGAGCAUCUUUACCAGGUCCCUCCUCUUCCAGAAUACAAAUAAGGAGCCAGAAGAGAAGAACGAAGAACAAAAAAAGGAGGGAUCAGAGGAAAGUAAAACAGAACCAUUGGUGAGGUCCCGCUUGGAGCGAUGCUCCAUUCUCAGCAGUCUACGCAACCCCAGCAGGGUGAGACGAAUGGAUCUUUUAAGUCCAUCCGAACAUCCCUCAGAAGGGCCGGGAUCACCAAGUGAUGCUCCUGAGUCUUCAACGCCUCAGCAGACACACACGAAUCCAACUGCAGAGUCACCAAAACAGGACAAAGUAAAGGAAGUCCCAGCUAAUAAUGAACAAACGGGUGCCAACUCUACCCAGACUGGUUCCCAGGUUGAUCCAAUGACGUGUGAAGGCCCUACCAACACACUUGACCUCAAAACAACUUCAGAAAACCCAACAGUCACCAUGUUAACAGACACUAAUGCUUCUCCCUCACCCAUUGUUACCCACACUGGUUCCCAGGAUUUUCCAAAACCAGCAAAAGAUAAUGGCCAUGUCGUAACACCUGACCGCAAACCAACUUCAGGUGACCAGACAGUCGCCAUGGAAGUCGACCCUAGUCCUUUUAGCACCCAAACUGGUUCACAACCUGUUAAAGAUAAUGCCCCUGCCAUGACACCAGACCUCAAAACAACUUCAGCAGACCCUACUGUCUCCAUCGUAACAGAAGCUAACGGUCUUCUAAAAACAAGCUACCAGGUUGCUCCACAGCCUAUUAAAGAUGAUGGACCUGCCAGGACUCUGGACCUAAAUACAACGCUAGAAGACUCUAUGGUCACCAUGUUAACAGACACUAAUUCUUCUUCCCCAAACAGCUGUAGCCAAACUAAUUCCCAGGUUGUUCUUAAACCCACCAACAAAGAUGUCCCUGACAUGACAUUGGAUCUCAAAACUUCAGUGAACCCUACCAUCACCACGAUAACAGAAGCUGACGGUCCUCCGCCACUUCCAUCCUUUGAUGACAUCAAGUUGCCAAGUUAUGUGGAGAAAUUGCUUCCAAAAGAGCCUGAAACAUUUCCACCAUCACAAAGGAUUGACUCACUGGUGACUAGUGUUUCUCUACCUGAUCUGAAUCAGACUGUGAAAGAUAAUGCAGCUGUCUCAGAAGAUCUGUCGAUUCUUCCUGCAUCUCAUCCUUCAGAGGCUCAAACGUCUCAAGAUGACACUCCGAGAGAACAGCCAAAUAUUCCAGCAGUCCGUGGAUUCCAUCGGCGUCCUGGAAAGAUCGUACUUUUUGAGCACCAUCAGUUCAGCGGUCAGUCCUUUGAGUUCUACAGAGAUGUGCCUGACGCUACACACCUGCAGCUGUCCAGUGUCAUAUCUGUUAAAGUGCUCAGAGGCUGCUGGAUACUGUUUGAGAAACCAGGAUUUGAGGGGCGUUGUAUUGCUCUGGAAGAGGAGAGCAUUAUUGAGCUGCCCAAUGAAUGGGCAGAAGAGGCGGGACAAACGUGUACUCCAAUGAUCAUUGGCUCAAUUCGUCUGUCUGUCAGAGACUACACUCCUCCCCGGAUCGAGCUGUUUAUGGAGCCCUCGGGCAUGGGCAGAAACUUUCUGUACGUUGAAGACACAGAAGAAGUGGGCUCAUUCGGCCUGCCACAGAACACCAGCUCCAUCAAAGUCCACAGUGGCCUGUGGAUGGUUUACAGUGAUCCAGGAUUUCAGGGUUUGUUAUCCGUGUUGGAGGUGGGAGAAUAUCCGAUUCCGGAGUCCUGGGGUUUCCCGUCGCCCAUGGUGGGCUCACUGCGAGCGCUGCGCAUGGGUGUUCUGAAGGUAGAGAACUCUAAUGGAGUGAAGGCGGUGUUGUAUGAGAAGGCAGGUCUCACGGGCCGCUGUGUGGAGGUUCAGGGAGACGUGUUCUCUUUCAGAAGGAGCGAAACGGACCACGGCGAUCUAGACGGUCAUGGAUUGAGAUGUGUGGAAUCGCUGAAGAUCGUCGGUGGACUGUGGGUGGGAUACGAGCGUGAAGGGUUCGAGGGGCAGCAGUUUGUUCUGGAGGAAGGAGAAUAUUUAGACUGGAGAGACUGGGGCGGGAUGUGUCAGAGACUUCUGUCUCUACGGCCAGUUAUAACUGAUGUCUCUUCUGCUCACAUGAAGAUGUUUAAUGAUUUCGACUUUGGAGAACGGGGCGGAAACAUGGACCUGCUGGAGCCGCUGGAAAACACAGCGGACACAAGCUUCGGUCCACACACGUGCUCCAUCGAUGUGCUGUCAGGAGUGUGGGUUGCGUUUGAAGACCCCGGGUUCUCUGGUCAGCUGUAUGUGUUGGAGAAAGGUCUGUACGGAAGCCCGGAGGACUGGGGCGCAUCAAACAGCCGAAUCUCUUCUGUGAUGCCGGUGACUCGGGAAAAUCUGGGCGGCAGGUGUCACUUCAAGAUUCAGUUGUUCUCUGAGGCGGAACUCUGCGGGACGUCUGUGCUGCUGGACGACUCGUUACCCACAAUGCCUGACGGAUUCACCAUGCGCUCCUGUAGAGUCCUCGCUGGAAGCUGGCUAGCGUUUGCCGUUGAGGGUUUUUCCGGGCCGCAGUGUGUUCUAGAGGAGGGUGUGUAUCCUGACCUCAGGUCGAUGGGUUUCACUCAAGAUGACGCAUCAGUGAUGUCACUACAACCAACUGGACACGAGUUCACUUUGCCGUCUAUCGGCCUGUUCGAGCGUUCUGGACUGAAGGGACGCAGAACUUUACUGAAGUCCAGUUCAGUGAAUCUGCAGUUCACAGACAGCUGCACUAGAGUCUCAUCUAUACUGGUGGAGGGCGGCAUGUGGGUUCUGUACGAGUCGAAUAACUUCAGAGGUUCUCAGUUCCUGCUCAGGCCAGGCGUGGUUCCUGAUUGGUCCAAACUUUCCGACUGGCCACGAAUCAGAUCUCUCCGCCCACUCAUACAGAAACAAGCACAUUUCCGUUUGUGGAACAAGGAGGCAGGGCUACUGAUGUCCAUCACAGGGCAACUUGGUGACAUCAAACUGAUGCGUAUCCAGGCAACCGAGGAGACAGGUGGCAUGGAUCAGAUCUGGCUUUAUCGGGAUGGUCACUUGCAGUGCAUGGGUCUGGUGGAUUGCUGUGUGGACGUGGGAUCUGGUGUCCCGAUGGCCGGCAGCAGAGCGGUUCUCUCUUCAGAACCCGGUCAAUCUCAACAGCUGUGGAACAUCACCGCUGACGGACUCAUACGGAACAAUGCUGCUCCUAACCUGGUACUGGAGGUCAAAGGAGGUCAACAGUUCAACAAAACACAGAUUAUUCUCAAUGAAUUCAACCCCAACAAAAUGAAUCAAAGAUGGUCCCUGGAGAUUCUCUGAGUCGGAACUGAUGACAGUAAAUUCAGUGCAGCUCCGUCGUGGAACCAACUGCACCAGGGGGACCAGGGUCCUGUGAGGCAGCUGCGCCAGGGGGACCAUGGACUGCAUUCAUUACGGAAACCUCGUUCCCAAGAGAACGCCACCGUCAGCGGCUGGAAUAUGAUCAUAUAACAUGAACUAAGCUGCCUUUGAAAUCAACAGAGAAAAUGUACAUGGAAGAGACUUGAACAAUUAUUCUUCAUUAACUUUCUUUUUUCAUUCUGUAAAAUGCAUAAACAUUCCUGUAUAGAUAUUUGCUUCCUUUCAGCUGUAUAAAAAUAGACGUGGUGUUUAUAAGUCAAUGUGUUUUUUUUCAUGAACAUCAGCUUUGUUCAAAUCACUGAAUCGUGUGAUCACGUCUCUGCUGAUUGGCCAGCGGGGAUUCUCUCUUUGCUGAUUGGCUGUCCUGGGAAUUCAGGUGUUCUGUGUCUGAUGAGUAAAAAGUGAGGUUUGCCACACUUGAGUGUUAUCAGGAGUGGCUUGAGACGGACAGUUAAAUAAGUGUGCAAUAGGUUUGCAUUGGAAAACAAUUCAUUCUUCAUAUAAUGGCGUCAUUAUUCAUGGAAAUACUCAUUCUUGACAUCAGUAAAAUUCAUAAUGUUUUAAAUCUUCCCCGGUACAAUUUCAAUGAUCUGCCAGUCACUCACAAAUAUCUAUAAAUAAUUUCUUGCUAGUUAAAGAUGCUGUAAGUGAUCUCAGCUGUUCUACUUCCACAAGACUGAGCUAUUGGAUUAGCCACGCCCCCUCUCUCCAAAACCACGCCCUCUGAAUAUACCAAAUGAGCUUUAUUGAACCCAACAUCAUGGAGAAACGGUUGUCAGUAACAACAGCAGCACAACAGCGCCCUCUACUGGCAACUGUUAUGAACAACAUGGCAUAAAAACGGCGUUAAGCCUCAAUAAUUCACUGCAGCUACAAUACUAUGAGAACGAGCGACAUGAUUGACAGGUCGAAAGCGUCAGAGACCGCAGACACAUGUUUGUUUGUUGUUUACAGAGUCUAGUGAUGUCACAGAGACCGGAGAACACCACACUUAUAUCA